UCGCAUCCUCAGAGGGAGUCGUCUCAGCGCCACCCGGCCUCCCGAUCCCAGUGAUUGCUUCCUGUGUGCGCUUCCGGCCUGCCAGCCAUCCGUCCCUCGCUCUGCGGACCGUGCCUCCUGCAUCAUGUGCGGUAUAUUUGCCUAUUUAAACUACCAUGUUCCUCGGACAAGACGAGAAAUCUUGGAGACCCUAAUCAAAGGCCUUCAGAGACUGGAGUACAGAGGAUAUGAUUCUGCUGGUGUGGGAGUUGACGGAGGCAAUGACAAAGAUUGGGAAGCCAAUGCCUGCAAAAUCCAGCUCAUUAAGAAGAAGGGGAAAGUUAAGGCACUGGAUGAAGAAGUUCACAAACAACAGGAUAUGGACUUGGACAUAGAAUUUGAUGUGCACCUGGGAAUAGCUCAUACCCGUUGGGCAACACAUGGAGAACCCAAUCCAGUUAAUAGCCAUCCCCAGCGCUCUGAUAAAAAUAAUGAAUUUAUUGUUAUUCACAAUGGAAUCAUCACCAACUACAAAGAUUUGAAAAAGUUUUUGGAAAGCAAAGGCUAUGACUUUGAAUCUGAAACAGACACAGAAACAAUUGCCAAGCUCGUUAAGUAUAUGUAUGACAAUCGGGAAAGUCAGGAUAUCAGUUUUACUACAUUGGUGGAGAGAGUCAUCCAACAAUUGGAAGGUGCUUUUGCACUUGUAUUUAAAAGUGUUCAUUUUCCCGGGCAAGCAGUUGGCACAAGACGGGGUAGCCCUCUGUUGAUUGGCGUACGAAGUGAACACAAACUCUCUACUGAUCACAUUCCAAUACUUUACAGAACAGGCAAAGACAAGAAAGGAAGUUGUAAUCUCUCUCGUGUGGACAGCACAACUUGCCUUUUCCCUGUUGAAGAAAAAGCAGUUGAGUAUUACUUUGCUUCUGAUGCAAGUGCUGUCAUAGAGCACACCAAUCGCGUCAUCUUUCUCGAAGAUGAUGACGUUGCAGCAGUGGUGGAUGGCCGUCUUUCUAUCCAUCGAAUUAAACGAACUGCAGGAGAUCACCCUGGACGAGCUGUGCAGACCCUCCAGAUGGAACUGCAGCAGAUCAUGAAGGGCAACUUCAGUUCAUUUAUGCAGAAGGAAAUUUUUGAGCAACCAGAAUCAGUUGUGAACACAAUGAGAGGAAGAGUCAACUUUGAUGACUAUACUGUGAAUUUGGGUGGUUUGAAGGAUCACAUUAAGGAGAUCCAGAGGUGUCGGCGUUUGAUUCUGAUUGCGUGUGGAACAAGUUACCAUGCUGGUGUAGCAACACGUCAGGUUCUUGAGGAGCUGACUGAGUUGCCUGUGAUGGUGGAACUAGCCAGUGACUUCCUGGAUCGAAACACACCAGUUUUUCGAGAUGAUGUUUGCUUUUUCAUUAGUCAGUCAGGUGAGACAGCAGAUACCCUGAUGUGUCUUAGGUACUGUAAGGAGAGAGGAGCUUUAACUGUGGGGAUCACAAAUACAGUUGGCAGCUCUAUAUCAAGGGAGACAGAUUGUGGAGUUCACAUUAAUGCUGGUCCCGAGAUUGGCGUGGCCAGCACCAAGGCUUACACCAGCCAGUUUGUGUCCCUUGUGAUGUUCGCCCUUAUGAUGUGUGAUGACAGGAUCUCCAUGCAGGAAAGACGCAAAGAGAUCAUGCUUGGGUUGAAACGGCUGCCUGAUUUGAUUAAGGAAGUACUGAGCAUGGAUGAUGAAAUUCAGAAACUUGCAACAGAGCUUUAUCAUCAGAAGUCAGUCCUGAUAAUGGGACGUGGCUAUCAUUAUGCUACUUGUCUUGAAGGGGCACUGAAAAUCAAAGAAAUCACCUACAUGCACUCAGAAGGCAUCCUUGCUGGUGAGCUGAAACACGGCCCUCUGGCUUUGGUGGAUAAGCUGAUGCCUGUCAUCAUGAUCAUCAUGAGAGACCACACUUACGCCAAGUGUCAGAAUGCUUUUCAGCAGGUGAUUGCUCGGCAGGGGCGCCCCGUGGUGAUUUGUGAUAAGGAAGAUACCGAGACCAUUAAGAACACAAAACGAACAAUCAAGGUGCCCCACUCAGUGGACUGCUUGCAAGGCAUUCUCAGCGUGAUCCCCUUACAGUUGCUGGCCUUCCACCUUGCUGUGCUGAGAGGCUAUGAUGUUGAUUUCCCACGGAAUCUUGCCAAAUCUGUAACUGUAGAAUAAAGAGCAUCUAAACUCUGGGCAAUUGAGCAACACAAGACACCUUUUGUAUUUAAAACCUUGAUUUAAAAUAUCACCCUUUUAAGCCUUUUUUAGUAAAUCUUUAUUUAUAUAUCGGUUAUAAUUAUUCCACUCAAUUAGUGGUUUUUCUGAAAAUUACCUCUUAUAUUUUUACAGUAAUCCGUGGGGGAGUUUGAAUAAUGGAAUCUAUAUUGGAAUCUAUUGCAGAAGGAGAUUUUAAUGGUCAUUUUCUUUCAAGAACAUUGGGUGUUGAAUUUCUGGACCCUCCACUUCAAUCUGAGAGGAUCGUGUGUUUUUAAAAUCAUUGGCAUUUGUUUUACCAUGCCGUUUGGGCUACUGAAAGAAUAGUGCAUAAAAUUGGAAUAUCUAAAGCAAGCGGCAAUGUAUCCUAAUACUUGGACAUCUAAUUAAGGUUUUUCUAAGUUAUACAUAAAGAAAAGAUGCUGUGAUUAAUUUUGAAACUUUUUUCUGUUUGGUUUUCAAAUCAAACUAUAAAGCUGAAAAACUGAAAACUUUUUUUGGUGGGAUUUUAUAUCUAAGUUAGGUUGACGUUAAUUUCUCAAACUUAAUUGCUUGUAAGAAUCUGCAGGUCGAGACAAUUUAGGAAGCAAAAUAUUACAGUAAUGCAUUGGUUUUCCCCAACCCUUAACAAAACAUAUUUGCACAAAUUUAUAGCACAAACUUUACAUUUGAGCCACUUAGGACACCCAACAAUAUGAUUUUAAAUUUGAAGAUGGGAUGUGUACAUGCUGGGCAUCCUACUUGUUUUUUCAUCUCCUAAAAGUGGUUAUUUUUAUUUCCUUGUGUCUGUAGUCUUUUAUAAGUAACUGCUAAAUGACUUAUUUUGUUCUUUGAAAUCCGAGCAGGGAGCUGCUAUGAAAUGUCUCAUUAAAUCAAUGCUGAUAUAUUGAUGUCAUACCUCUUCAACUUUGUUCCAAGGAAGAAUUUCUUGCAGUGACUUUUUAACUUUCCUUCACUGUUUUGUUACAUAAAACUAGUACCUUAGUGUCAGUUUGGAAGAUCUGCAAGUCUUUGAACAAUCAUUUGACUCUAAAUAUGUAUAGUAGACUAGGCUCAGAAAAACUAUAUGCUUUACAUUGAUAUUGGUGAAAGAGUGCAACAAAUUUAGAAUUAUUUCGUAGGUAUUUUUCUCUUUGUACUUUCUCUGUUCUACUCCUUUCCUUCCUCUGUCCUUCACUCCCUUCCUCCCUCCCUCCCUUUCUUUCAAGUCUUCUCUUCUACAGUGAAUUUUUUUUUCUUAAUGUUCCUUUCCCCAUUUUCUUUUUGGGGCAGUCAUCUUCCUUAAAGAUUAUUAGAAGUUCUUUACAUAUUUGACAUAUUAAUCCUUUGUCGUAUACAUUACAGAUAUAUAUUUUUUCUGUUUCGUCAUCUACCUUUUGUUAAUGGUGGAUUUUUGCAGAUAUUUCUGAUUUUUAUGUAAUCAAAUCUAUCAAUCUUCUCCCUUACUGUUUUUGUCUGCAAUUAUAUUUGAAGGGCCUGAAGAGAAAGGUAGGGCCUAGAUCCCAGAGAGUCUGUGAGUCUGAAGUUUAUCUUGGAGCAGUGAGUAUGGCAUGAUCAGAUGUGCAGCUUAGGUUUGUGGGGGAUGGAUUGAGGAAGCUGAGUCUGGAGGCCGAGCAUUGAGGAGGCUGUUGCCAUGAUCCAGGUUAAAGGCAACGAGAGUCUGAUGGCAGAGUGGUAAUAAGAGCGGAGAGAAGUGCAUCCAAGAGGACUUUCUAGGAGGUCAUUUUUUUUUUUUAUAGCAAUAAAAGAGAAAGACUAAUGUUAAUUAUAACUAUGGUAUGCUACAAUUUAAGUGGUUUUUCAAAAAGCACAAUGUCAUUUAAAAGUAUUUAUUAAAAAAUUAAUAACUCACAUUGAAUUUGUGAAGGCCAAAGAAAUUGAAGGGAAUGGCAAAGAAAGAUAUUUUAGUCUUCUGAUAUCAACAUAUUUAGUAGAUUUUGUGUACAAGAGUACGAGACAGAGUAAACAGAUUUCAGAUUACUUUACUUUGUCCUGUUAGAAUCUCUAGAAGUCUUAGCACAAAUCAUUUUUUUCAACUAUAUCUCCCUAGCUUAAUUUAAUCAUAUCUUUACAUUUACGACAGUAGCAAGACUGAUAACAUUAGCUUCAAAUCAAUAAUAUUCAGGGUUAAAAUAAAAAUCAAACUUAACUAGCAAGACUGUAAAGUUAUGCCGUAUUAAUUUGUCUGUAGUUGCUUGAUAUCAAAGAUUUUAUGGAAUAUACCAUAAAUAAUGGCUACUGAGAACAUCUUAGGAAAUGUUCAGAUUACCUUUCUUACUAUACUUGUUUUCAGAAUGAAUAUAGAAAUGAUCCUGUUAGCUUUUUAAAUGUUCUCUGGUUGAAUGUGUUUUUGCUUAAAUAAAACUUUUGGUAUUUGUUUAAAUAAUACUUCUUUUGAACUGGAAAUUUUAUAAUCAUCUGUUUCAGUUUUCUGUUCUUUGAAAUGAAUGUUUAGUUUACUGAGCCAAUUGGUUAUUUCUUCCUCAUGUCUUGUAAGUCCAGUGACUCUAAGCCAGAACUGUGAAUAAAUUACCAAAAACUUGUGGAGAGUUGCAUUUUGAAACAAUUUGCCAACAUUUGAGGUGUAUAUGCUUUUUGCGGUUGUGUUAAAGAUUGUAUUAAGAAUGUAGCCCAUGUUCAGUUUAGUUGUUAGUAAACAUUUCUGAUGCCAAAAGUUUAUUCUUUAAUUCUACUUUUAAAAAAAAAAAAAAAA